AUGGUCAAAGAAAACAUAGCACGGGAGCUGCCCGUUCAACAGCUGCUCAUCCUGUCAAUAUGCCGCUUCGCUGAACCCAUCUCAUUGACCUCGGUCUUCCCCUAUCUCCCAGAAAUGAUUGAGAGCUUCGGCAUACCCAGAGAUGAGGUGUCUAAAUGGGCGGGAGUCACAUCAGCAGUCUACUCUCUGAGUCAAGCUGUCACGGGCAUUGCAUGGGGUCAGGCAUCAGAUCGCUUUGGUAGGAAGCCUGUCACACUGGUUGCCAUGAUGUGUAUCAUGACAACAAGUCUCCUCUUCGGCUUCUCUCGAACUCUUGUAUGGGCUAUUGUAGCUCGGUCACUGGCUGGUGCAAGUUGUGGUAACGUAGGCAUCAUCAGAACCAUGGUUGCAGAGAUGGUACCUUAUAAAGAGCUACAACCCAAAGCAUUCUCAGUUAUGCCGCUUGUGUGGACCAUUGGGAGCAUCUUUGGGCCUAGUCUAGGGGGCGCUCUCGCAAAUCCUGCGUUGAAAUAUCCAAUGGUGUUCGGUGAGAGUGGGCUCUUCGGGACAUACCAAUUUGCACUGCCAAACCUUGUGGGAGCCGCCUUUUUCCUUGUUGGUCUCAUGGUCGGGACACUGUUUUUGAAAGAGACAUUGGAGACCAAGAAAGAUCGACGGGACUACGGUAUCAUCUUGGGCGAUAUUCUAUUGCUACCAUUCACACGCAAGAAGCCUGGGCCAAAAUGGUCACUUGAAGAGGAACGAUCGGCCUCAUUGUUGAAGCACUCGCGCAACUCUUCGGCGGCUUCACUCGAUACUGACACCGAUGCUCAAGGAAACCGCAAGGCCGUCCCUGUAGUAGCACCUCCGACCUACCGAGAAGUAUUCUCACGGCAAUCCAACUUGAACCUUCUGACAUACAGCCUGUUAGCACUUCACUCUCUCGCAUACGACCAGCUACUCCCCAUUUUUAUGCACUACCCCCAGCAGACAGACCGCUCCAUGAAUCCAGAUGUUCAUCUACCCUUCAAGUUCACCGGCGGCUUUGGCUUAAACUCGGAUCGCAUUGGUCUUCUUUUCACAGUCUACGGGGUCUUUGGCAUGCUCAUACAAUUCUUCGUCUUCCCAUCUCUGGCUCGACAUUAUGGGGUCCUGCCAUGUCUCAAAGUUGUUACGACUAUAUUUCCGAUUGCCUACAUCAUCACACCCUUCACCGCCCUUCUCCCGACGCCUACGACACAACAAAUCGGUUUACUUGCCGUUAUGAUGAUCAAAUGCUGGGCAGGCAUCUUUGCAUUUCCGUGCACCACCAUCCUCCUGACCAACAGUGCCGUUUCUCUGCGCAUACUCGGGACCUUGAACGGUGUGGCUGUAAGUAUCAGUGCCAUCGGACGGGCAGUAGGACCUGCAAUAGGAGGCUAUAGUUUCACAGUUGGGGUAGACAAGGGUUACGGGAUCCUGCCCUGGUGGAUUCUGGGGUGCUUUGGUAUUCUGGGAGCCGUCGCGCCGUGGUGGCUUGUGGAAAUGGAAGGCUUUGGUGGUAGCAACGAUGACAGUGACAAUGACGAGGCUGGCCACGAUGAAGCAAUACUACAUAAUAACAGCGAAGAAGAGGAGCAACCAAGCGCUAUCCUCAUCGCCAGCGGGCCACUUUCAGAGAUGGGAGAAGACCAUGACCAGUUCGGCAUUGAGGGAAAUCCACUUUCUGGCUCAGAAGGUCUCUCAAAGAAAAAACGAGUCGUAGCAGCGGAGUAG